AUGAUUACAAGGAGAGCUUCGAUAGCGGUUAGGAAAGCUCUUAGACGCCAUUGCACUUUGAAAAGUUCCGAGAUUGUUAGUAUCAAUGUAGUGGGGAGGAGGUUUGCGAGUUCAGUUUCCGGCCAAAGUGCUCAUUUUCCUGUGGCUGAUCUACCGUCCAGUACCGACCAUUGGAAACGAUAUCAACUACAGUUGCAAAAUACUCAGAUGCAAGAUGAACUGAAGAACUUAGAGAAAGUAUGGCUCGAAAACAUGAUCAAGUGUGAAAACGACCAGGUACCUAAGAAUAAGCAGGAUAAAGAGGAGGGAGAAGUCCCUAAAGAGGAGAAUGAUAAGGACAAAGGGAAGCAAGAACAAGAUGAAGUAGAAAAAUCCGAAACUGAAAACAAAUCAGUGGAGAAUAACAGUCAUUCGUCGUCUGCGGCUGGAGGAAACUCAUCCAGUUCUCCUCCAUCCGACAACGGCGACAACGGCGAUGGUAAUCAUAACGGUAAGAACAAGAAACAAAUCUUGCCUGAGGUUUAUCCACAGAUGUUGGCUCUACCAAUUUCAAGACGUCCACUCUUCCCCGGUUUCUAUAAGGCCGUCGUAAUAUCAGACGAGCGAGUUAUGAAGGCAAUUAAGGAAAUGCUCGAUCGUCAACAACCUUACAUCGGGGCCUUCAUGUUAAAAAACUCUGAUUCGGAUUCAGAUGUGAUUCAUGAUGUCAGCGAAGUGCACGAAGUUGGUGUCUUUGCUCAGAUAACCAGUGCUUUUCCAAGCAAGGACGAGAAAAGUGGAACAGAGACGAUGACCGCUUUACUUUACCCUCACAGAAGGAUCAAGAUUGAUGAGCUGAUUCUCCCUGCAAAGCCGAUAUCAGAGGAGCAGGAGGCAGAGAUUUCAGAAGACGUUGAGGCAAAGCAAGAGAGUGAGCAAGUUGAAAAGGAGACUCAGAGUGACGAGGCUGCGAUUAAUACCGAAAAGACAGUUGCAACUAAGGAAGAAACGGCGCUAGACACUUUGGAAGAUGAAGACGAAGAUUUAAAUCCAACUGACUUUCUCAGAAAAUACGACGUCUCGUUAGUCAACGUUUACAAUUUGGAAGAUGAGCCCUUUGAUAGAAAAUCACCAGUGAUAAAUGCCUUGACCUCAGAAAUUUUGAAAGUUUUUAAAGAUAUUUCGCAGCUGAACACGAUGUUCAGAGAACAGAUCGCUACGUUUUCAGCAUCGAUCCAGUCAGCUACUACUAACAUAUUCGAAGAGCCAGCGAGAUUGGCUGAUUUUGCUGCAGCCGUGUCCGCUGGUGAAGAAGAGGAGCUACAAGACAUCUUGGAGUCUUUGAACAUCGAACAACGUUUGGAAAAGUCUCUGCUAGUCCUUAAAAAGGAGUUGAUGAAUGCCGAAUUGCAAAACAAGAUCUCCAAGGAUGUCGAGACAAAGAUUCAAAAGAGACAAAGGGAGUACUAUCUAAUGGAACAGCUCAAAGGAAUUAAGAGAGAGUUGGGUAUUGACGAUGGCCGUGACAAGAUGAUUGAAUCCUUCAAAGAAAAAAUUGAGAAACUUCAAUUGCCAGAGGGUGUUAGAAAGGUGUUUGACGAAGAGGUCAACAAGCUUGCAACCCUUGAGACUUCCAUGUCAGAGUUCGGUGUUAUCAGGAACUACUUGGAUUGGAUCACUUCAUUGCCAUGGGGUAUAACCUCCAAGGAACAAUACUCAAUCCCAAGGGCUAAAAAGAUUCUUGAUGAAGACCAUUACGGAAUGAAGGAUGUCAAGGAUCGGAUUUUGGAAUUCAUUGCCGUCGGUAAGCUUUUAGGCAAAGUGGAUGGUAAGAUUUUGUGCUUCGUUGGUCCACCCGGUGUGGGGAAAACAUCCAUUGGUAAAUCUAUUGCUCGUUCUUUGAAUCGUCAGUUUUUCCGUUUCUCUGUCGGUGGUUUGACUGAUGUCGCAGAAAUCAAAGGGCACAGAAGAACUUAUAUCGGCGCAUUGCCGGGAAGAGUUAUUCAAGCUUUGAAAAAGUGUCAAACCCAAAAUCCUCUCAUCCUAAUCGAUGAAAUCGAUAAAAUUGGCCACGCCGGUAUCCACGGAGACCCUUCUGCUGCUUUAUUAGAAGUUUUGGACCCUGAGCAAAAUAACAACUUUUUGGACAACUAUCUGGAUAUCCCUAUUGAUCUUUCUAAAGUUCUAUUUGUCUGCACAGCCAACACCUUGGACACCAUUCCUCGUCCAUUGCUAGAUCGUAUGGAAGUCAUCGAGCUUACAGGAUAUGUUGCUGAAGAAAAGGUAAAGAUUGCCGAACAAUAUUUGGCCCCAAAUGCAAAAACUACUGCGGGUCUCGAGAACACCAAUGUUGAGUUGACCGAAGACGCAAUCAAGGUGUUGAUGAAGCGCUAUUGUAGAGAGAGCGGUGUCAGAAACUUGAAGAAGCACAUUGAGAAAAUUUAUCGUAAGGCAGCAUUGAACGUGGUCAAGCAAUUGAGCAUUGAGGACACCCCACGUCCAGAUGAGGUUACUGAAGAGGGAAAAGCUGUCAAGAAAGAUAAUAAGAAUGACGAAAAAGUGGACGGAAUUGAGGUUGAAAAGACAAACGAUAGCGAGGAGGCUUUAAAGAUUCCUGACACUGUCAAACUCGAAAUAACGGCGGAUAACCUAAAAGAUUACGUGGGUCCUCCAGUGUACACAACAGACAGAUUGUACGAAACAACUCCACCAGGUGUAGUCAUGGGACUGGCCUGGACGAGUAUGGGUGGAUGUUCGCUAUAUGUCGAAUCGGUUCUGGAACAACCACUCCACGACUGUAAGCAAGCAUCAUUCGAGCGUACCGGUCAACUUGGAGACGUCAUGAAGGAAUCAUCCCGUUUAGCGUACUCAUUUUCCAAGAUGUUCUUGUCGAAGAAAUUCCCAGAGAACAGAUUUUUCGAGAAGGCAUCGAUUCAUCUCCAUUGUCCCGAAGGAGCUACUCCGAAGGAUGGGCCAUCUGCCGGUGUCACAAUGGCAACUUCCUUCCUAUCUUUGGCCCUGGAUAAGCCAAUCGAUCCCGCAGUCGCCAUGACCGGUGAAUUGACACUCACUGGUAAAGUCCUACGUAUCGGAGGUCUAAGAGAGAAAGCAGUCGCUGCAAAGAGGUCCGGUGCUAAGACUAUCAUAUUCCCAAAGGACAAUCUAAGUGAUUGGGAAGAAUUACCAGACCACGUCAAAGAAGGUCUAGACCAUCUAGCUGCGGAUUGGUACGAAGAUGUCUUCCAAAGACUAUUUUCCGGUGUUUCCAACACCGAAGGGAAUACAGUUUGGAAGUCCGAAUUCGAGAAGAUCGACGCCAAGAAAGACAAAUCAGACUAG